UCAGAUUAACAUGGAUUAUGCUGGUAAAAUGGAAUUGUGCACAUGAAUGACGGAAAUAACUAACAACAAAAAAAAAGCACCUGAAUAUGUGAUUGAUAGCAGUAUUUGCCAAGCAAAUGAUAUGUUUUCUCUUGGCUGUCUGGCUUACGCAGUACACAACAAGGGUGUUUCUCUACUGAAGACAUUCAAUAGUUUUCAUACUUAUGAAAAGCAAAUCAAAUUCAUUCAUUCACAGUCUUUUACAAAUAUUCCGGAUCAUUUAGACGAAGUGAUUCGUGCAUUGUUGGUACGACAUCCAAACCAAAGAAUGACGCCUAUUGAAUUUCAAAACUCCAAAUAUUUCGACAAUUUACUUGUAUCGACCAUGAAAUUUUUGGAAAGUUUUCCUGAAAAGACGAGAGAAGAGAAAGCUCAGUUUAUGAAGGGAUUGGCCCGAGUAUUAGGACAAUUUCCCGAACGUGUUUUAAAACGAAAGAUUUUGCCUUCUCUUUUAGAAGAACUUAAAGAUGCACAGCUGUUACCCUAUACUAUACCGAAUAUUUUUAUCAUUGCCCAGAAAUUGAACCAGCACGAAUUUUGUGAUUUGGUUUUACCCGCUUUAAAGCCAGUAUUCAGUGUCAGAGACCCACCACAAAAUAUGAUUGUGUUGCUAGAAAAACUAGACGUGUUACAACAAAAGACUCCCCGAGAAACAUUUCGUGAUGAUGUCAUGCCUCUUGUUUAUGCCGCUUUGGAAACACCCACCGCUAUGGUUCAAGAGAAAGCACUGCGCAUUAUCCCAUCGUUGGCUGAAUCUUUAGAUUAUACAGCUGUUAAAAGUUCCUUAUUUCCAAGAGUACAAGCCGUUUUUGUACAAACGACGGUGCUCUCUGUCAAAGUCAGUACGCUGAUUUGCUUUCAUUCGAUGAUUAAGGUUUUAGACAAGUUUACAGUGCAAGAAAAAUUAGUGCCACUUUUGAAAAAUAUCAAAACAAAAGAACCCGCUGUCAUGUUGGCUACUUUAGCAGUGUACGAUGAAGUUGGAAAGAUAGCGGAUAAAGAAAUCAUUGCAACCGAAAUUUUGCCGCAGCUGUGGAGAAUGAGUUUUGGUCCAUUAUUAAAUUUGGAGCAGUUUCAAAAGUUUAUGAAGACAAUUCAUGAUUUAACAAAGAGAGUGGAAGAUGCGCAUAUAAGGCAUUUAAAGGAGGUGAAAUCAUUAGAAGAACAAACGCGAAAUGUAAGCUCAACAUCAUCACCACAACCCGUAAAUGCACCCUCUACCAAUGAUACGAAUGUCUCUUUUGAGAGUCUUGUUGGCUCUAAGACUCCCCAAGUAAAAAAUGGAGACGAUAUGUUUGGCUCGUUCUCAAGUAACCAAGCUACACCACAGCCAUGGUCAUCCUCGUCGACAAAUCAAGCUAUAAAACCUACACCUUCUUCGUCCAAUGGAUGGGUGGCUCCUCAAACAACAACGCCUACCAAUAACUGGAAUACCCCCAAACCCGUCACCCCCCAACAACAACCGUCCAGCAAUUGGAAUACAACCAUGUCACCUAAUAUCAAUACGCAAAAACCGAUGAAUGCUACGAAUACUUGGAAUUCUCCAUUACAAACUAAACAAACGACAGGCUGGUCUCCCUCUGUACAAUCACAACAAAUUCCUUCUUUAUCCACACCUCCAUCCUUCCAAAGUAACCUAUAUAACCAAAAUAGCUCGAUGAACGGCUCCAAUUUCAAUGCUCUUAGAAGUAUACCAGUGACUCCCCAAAAACAGCCCACUAUGAUGCCAUUGUCUUCUGGUAUGGGCUUAUUACAGCCUAUUCAGUCUUCCCCAAACUCAAACAUAAACAACAAUAUCUCCCAAGUUAAAAAGAUGGCCAAUCUGCAUGCUUUUGAUCCACUUGGAUGAAUCAUCUAUGGUUUAAAAUAAAAUAUAAUAGCAUCACUUUCA